AAGCAAGGCUACAGUCGACAAAUUGAAGUGUAAAGCAGCUCUCUAUUUUUCUUUAGGGAAGCAUCAAGGAACUGGGAAGUGUCCAAUAGAGCCUUUCAUCAUGGGUAAACAGAACAGUAAGUUGCGACCCGAGGUGCUGAAUGACCUGCGGGAGAACACAGAGUUCACAGACCACGAGCUGCAGGAGUGGUACCGCGGUUUUCUGAAGGACUGUCCGUCCGGCCAUCUGACGGUGGAGGAGUUCAAGAAGAUCUAUGCCAAUUUCUUCCCCUACGGUGAUGCUUCCAAGUUUGCAGAGCACGUCUUUCGCACCUUCGACACCAACAGUGAUGCCACCAUUGACUUUCGGGAGUUCAUCAUCGCCCUAAGCGUGACAUCCCGUGGAGGCCUGGAGCAGAAACUGCGCUGGGCCUUCAGCAUGUACGAUCUGGACGGCAACGGAUACAUCAGCCGAGCCGAAAUGCUGGAGAUUGUACAGGCGAUUUAUAAAAUGGUGUCAUCUGUGAUGAAGAUGCCGGAGGAUGAGUCAACGCCUGAGAAACGCACAGAUAAGAUAUUCCGACAGAUGGACACAGACAACGAUGGUAGACUGUCUCUGGAGGAAUUCAUCAAAGGUGCCAAGAGUGACCCGUCUAUUGUCAGGCUCCUGCAGUCUGACCAGAGCAGCUCUCGACAGUUAUAAACGCCGCUGAAAGAACACCUAACAUGCACACUAAAAAAACAAAAUCAUUAUAGAAAGGUUGUUACUGCCGUUAUCAAUGAUACUUUUCAAGAACUUUUCUGCUUCAACAGUUUCCUUUGAUGAUUGGUGAUGAGCUGGUCGAUGGGUUUAUUUUGACGUAGUGCUGUUUGGAUUGAUAUUGUUGCGUUCUCUGAAUCUGGGCUGGGGUGGUCGUUUUAUUCCAUUUGAAGAAAUAGACUAUUAUCAGACAUUCAUGUUAUAAAAAGUACUCUUCUGGUUGCAUCCAUUCAGAAGGAAGCUGUGGAAACUGUUUGCUGUCUUGAAGUGCUGAAUGAAAAUAUGUAUGUUUUAAAUUGUUUGCAUUCCACUCAAAAUGGUAAAUGACUUGGUGAGUACCCCGAGCACAUUCCCUGAAUGACCAUUAGGCCAGAACAUGAAGUUCUGCUUGUAAAUGUUUCUUGCUUCGCAUUCAUUCCGAAAAUAAGUGGGAUAUAAUACGAGAGCACUAUUUACAGUACAUUCCCUUGACAGUUUGUAAAUAUGUUGAUCAGUAUUUGCAUGAGAUGUUUAUUGAUGCAUCAGGUGGUUUAGCUGCGUUCAGAGCCAUCUGCUGUCCUGCCAAUGAUGAUCGACUAGGAAAAUCUGUGUACUUUAUUUUCAAACGUGUGUUUUUACAGAUGUGAGAGAACAUGCCAACAGUUUGCGGUCAGUCAAUUGGAUUUAUUUUAUUUGUUUUUUUUAAAGAUGCAUACUUUUUAUCUCGAUUUCUAAUGAAUCCUGUUCUUUUUAGUUUUGUAUUUAAUGAGGAAUAUAGAGGUAAACAUUGGUUCCACAAAAAUAUUAAAGCUGCAGUAGGCAAUUGUCUUCAGAGACAUUUUUUGUUGUGCUGGUUAAAAGUCUUUUCACAUUCCAAUAGUAAUGAUUACAGUAAACUAUCUCAAUGUAUUUAUAUAUUGUGGGUAAGGCAUUAGACUAAAAAAUGUUCAUCCAAUUAAAAAUUGUCUGGCAGACAAUUCCCAUAAUUCUGAUAAGUAGCCCAAACUGUCAUCAAAUGUAGAUUUGAACAUUAGCAUAAUUGUUCACACAAAUCCGCUGAUGCAUGCUCACGCGGACACAAGUAACAGCGCUAAAAACAAAUGCUCAAUCCUAGCCUGCUUUACUGAGGUGACAUUGGUUUAUUUUUGAACAAUGACAACCUGUGAUGCGCUCCCUUUAUUGUUUACCGUGCUACUCUUAAUAUUCGCUCUGAAAUAGCAUGUAAGUACGGCUUAGUAAUCAGUGUAAUUCCUGCACGUCGCCGGCCAACCACUAAGCAAACAGUAGUCGCUUUAGGACAAAGCACGUGAGAGAGUGAGACUGAUGAGAGAGUGAUGACAUUUUUGCUAGCUAACUACAUAACUGAAAAUAUGCUAGAUAUAAUAGUAGUUAAAUAUAAUAGUCGCUAGACAUAAUAAAUGUCGUUGGGGAUUGUAUUAUAAAGUACUAUUAAGUUUUCUAACUGGCGAAUGACAUCUUUGUCAUCUUUAAUGUGCGAUUUCAUGAGCCGUGGCUUUGGACGACAGUGGAGGGAUUGUAUUUGAAAGAUAUUAUGCUAACCAGUCAGCAUUUAGGCAGAUCACCUACUGCACCUUUAAGCAGCACCAGUUUACAACAUUCAUAGACAUAUAACUGUUUUUGGGAAGCAAUUUUUAUAUCAGAAGAAUAACAUUACAAUGAAGACUGUUGAUCAUUCAGCUUUGCUACGACAGAUAUGAAGUCUUGAAAAUCAUAUGACACAAAAAUCUUGAAGUACUUUUAAAAUAGUAAUUUAAAAAAAAAUGUCCAGUUGAUCAAACAAAAUGUAGCCUAUGUAAGUAAACAUUUAAAAAAAAAAAAAAGGGGGUCAUAAGUAAUGAAUACCCACUGUAGAGUGCUUUAUUUUCCAUGUUGAACACAAUUUAGCACUUGGAUCUUGCCGAUACAAAUAUGCUACAGUGAUGAGCUCUUUGUUUUCAGGAGGUCAAAAAUGAUCCCGAGUCUAAUAAGCAUGAACUGUUUUUCUAAGUGCAAUAUGAUCAUGCAUCAGCUAUUUGUCCUGCUUUGUUUUCAUUUUGAACAUAAGCAGGCGGUCAGAUCUUUCUCCAUCUCGUCUGCCCUGAAGGUAAAGAUCGGCCGUUAGGCUCAUCAAUAUUUGAGCAUGUGGACAUAUAGAGCAGAUAGAAUGACAGACAGGUGCUUAGUUUCUAUUUGUCCUUUCACCAGUCCAGUGUCAACAUCAUAUACGUACAGAUGUUUGUGUGGAUAAGCAGCUGUAGCCUUCUGUUAAAGGAAACAUUCUUUGACUUGUUUAAUGCUCUUGUGCAUGUGUGGGAUUUCAGUGCUCACUUAUUAUUUUUUUUUUAUUGUAAAAUAACUGUGUAAGUGAAAUGCCAAACUAAUAUUUGUCCUGGAUGUCUCUAUAUAUUAGAUUUAUGAGUUAUUUGUAAUUUUGUAUGGUGUUAAUUGUGCUGUAAGGAAUGGCGGUUGACAAUAAGCAGCUGGUAUUGGGAUGUCCAGCCAUAUUUUUGUGAAGCCAAAGCAUCAUCGUGAAUCUACAUGUUGCAACUGACCGAUGUAUUUGUCUGCAUGAAUUCUGAAUAAACCAUUGAUUCAUAA